AUGGGCUCCUCUCCGAGCUUGGGCGCAGCGGCCAGCCUGGAUGCACAAACCCAUGGCGCAGGAGCCAGUCUGGGCGGCCAUGGCGCAGCGAACGACCAUGUGCUUGACGGCACGGGCCAUGGACGACAACAGGGAGUGCCGGAUGUUGCGUUAUCGUUCUUGGCGUCCCAACCAUCAGCUACGUCCAGUGCACAGCCUAGGAAACGUGCUCCAUCGACCACCAAAAGGGCAAGGGAUGAUGAGGAGAUACCUGGUGUCGGGAAAUUUAAGAAUAGACCUAUCCAAAAUGAAGAUGAUUUGAAGGUUAUGUUUGGGAGCAUCAUAAAUGAAGAGAUAGAUCAUUGGAAUCCUAUGUCGUCCAACCCCAUCAUCCCUCCUAGUGGAGAUGCACCCCAUCAUAUCGAUCUGGACAAUGGUAAAGAGGAUGAAAUGGGGCAUGAUAAUGACUUCGAUAAUGUUGAUGAGGAAGUCUCUCCUACACCUGCUAAGAGAAAGGCUCAUAUUAUUCUUGAAAAACCUAACAAGAAACCCAAGUCUAGCACUGCACUUGUUAUACAAGAUCAUAUUUCCAAGAUAUCAGAUAGUGCUCAAGCUUUUGUGGCUUCUAAGCAAGUGGGGAUCACAAUUGGAGAAGUCAUGACUCAUCUCAUUGCAUGUGGGGCUACUGAGGGGAGUGAUGAGCACUAUGCGGCAACUGAGUUAUUUGUGAAGAAAGAACAUAGGGAAAUGUUCAUGACUUUUUCCACCGACGAGGCUAGGUUCAAUUGGCUAAAGAGAAAGUUCGACAUGCUGUUUUCAAAGUGAUAAUUAUAGAAACUACAGUCUAGUGUUUCAGUCUAGUGUUAUGUGAACUUAUUCAUAUUUUUAGUUGUUUGAACUUAUUUAUUGUGCUGUGAACUUAUAUUGCUAUGUUAUU